UCACCACAGUUAAAUAUCCGAAAGGCUAAAUGUUUUUGCUGACAGCUGACAGCUUUUACUUGGGUAACUAAUGGUGUGGAAAAGGAGCGAGAGGGUGUUGUGGAAGGAAAUAAUGACGCCUUUUAUAUCGCCAUUAAACUGCUGCUCGUUCAUGAGGUCCAUCCUGGUGCAGAUGGUGAGUGCUGCCGGAACCGGGUACUGCUUCAAUGUUAAGAGGAGUCGUCUGCGGGACAAGCUGGUGCUAAGGAAACAUGAUCCCGAAGUGAACAAGCAUGUCCUUUUCUUUGAAAAGAAGAAAAUCAGGUCAAUCUGAUGCAGGACUCUUGGGUUGGAGCAAGGAUUGUUGGCAUCGGAGCAGGAGUUUGGAAUGACCACAAGGUAUACAUACCUUUGGCAAGGCACACCUGGUGAAGGUGACAAUAAAACAAGAGGAGACUCGCUCUGAUGAACACUUUUAUUUACAAGUUGUUAGUUAUCCUUAACAAUGUACCAUAAAGACCUUUGGAUAUA